CUGCUGGACCUCCCCAGUCUUUCAUGAAACAGGGGUGUUAUUGUGAUUCUCAGCGGCAUGUUAGCAGCUGUUUGAAAAUUAUUCACUGUUGUCUAGAUGGGCAGCGGAUAAAGCUUUAGAGUCGCCACAGAUCUGGUUCUGCGCACAGAAACGAUAAAGAACGGUUACCUUUUUCUCAGCAGGUAACUUCACUGUUUACUCACUCCACACAACGUAAGACGACGUGAGACAACGUGACACCGUUUUUCCAUCCUCGUUUCCACCUUGGCUUCUUUUUUGUGACAUGGAGUCAGACGGGGACCUUAACCUGGACACAAAUGACCUUCCACUCCGAGCCAAUACUAACCACAUGCUUGUCAGACAUUAUGUGUUGGACCUGACUGUUUGUUUAGACAAGAAGAUCAUCAGUGGUAGCAUUGUUCUGUUCCUUGAGCCUUGUUCUGUUGGGGGGGUUAAAACUGAGGGUGAUAUUGGACCUGAAGCUGGAGAUGGAGCAAGGCAGGAACCCAACAAGACAGGUACAGUGUUUGGAAGUCACACUCAGGGUUCACAAUCAUUUCAGACCAGCAGUGCUGAAGAUUUCACCCUAGUGCUAGACUGCUGUGACCUUGAAGUGUCAAAGGUGGAAGAGGUGAACACUGAUUCUGUGUCAGUGCCACUGGGCUUCCCCCCAGAGGUUGCAUCUGAAGACAUUUCAGUGAGCGCACAAACAGAUUUUGUUCAGCAUCUUUUCUCCAUGCCGUCUGCCCAUUGGAGGGAGAAGCUUCGUCUUCUUUCCCUGUGCAGCCGCGCCCCUGGUGCCCAGAAUGGCGGCUUGGUUCAUUUUCAAACGGACCGCUGGAGUUUGCAGGUGAGAAAGGAGAGGGUCAAGUCUUCGCAAGGCUUCCCCCGAAUUAUUAGGAUCUACUACAUGACAAGACCUUCUGGAGGCUCUGUGAGGUGGACCAAGGACCAGGACAACAGGGAGUGUGUUUACACCGCCGGUUCCCCCAUCAACAACCGAGCUCUCUUCCCCUGCCAGGAGCCUCCUGUUGCCAUGUCAACGUGGCAGGUGAGGGUACGGGCCCCCAGUGAGUGCGUGGUGUUGAUGAGCGGGGAGGAGCAGGCUGUUCCAGCUGAGGACGGGGACACACAUUUUCUUAUCUGGAACUAUUAUGUCACAAUGCCCAUGCCUGCGUCCACUUUGACUUUGGCUGUGGGACACUGGUGCCAGGUCCCUGCAGAAACUCCUUCAGCUCUGGCAAAAGAGGUUGAAGACAGGGUGGACUGCAGCAGCUCCAAGGAUGACCCUUUGUCAAGACUUAGAAACUCCACUGGUGAAGGAGUAAGGGGCUCUCCACUUCAGACUGGCAGCAGUAACAAGGCCACCAGCUCAGACACUGCAUUCUGUCAUUCCUUCCUUGGGGACGAGGAGCUCUGUUUAACUGAUUAUUCAGGCAUGGUGGAUGACGGCAUCUCUUGUUCCCAUGGCGACUACCCCUGUCGGUUUACUGAACGGUCGGCUUGGUCCCAGCGGGUGGUUCCACACCGUGUAUUUAGCCCUGUCUGCCUGCUCCAGAAGACACAGGUCGGAGUCCUCAAGCUGCUCCCCCGAUGUUUGGCCGCAGCCCAUGCUGUAUUAGGGGUGCACCCUUUUCCCCGCCUUGACAUCCUCAUCGUCCCAGCAGGCUUCUCCAGUCUGGGCAUGGCCAGCCCCCAUAUAAUUUUCCUGUCCCAGAGUGUGUUGUCCAAGGAAUGUCCUGCUACUCGACUGAACAGGCUAUCUCUGAGUGGGUCCAGGAUUUGUCAUGAGAUUGCCCACUCCUGGUUUGGCCUGGUUAUUGGAGCCAGAGACUGGACAGAGGAGUGGAUCAGCGAAGGCUUUGCUACUUUUCUGGAGGACAUUAUAUGGGCCCAAGCACAACAACUCUCUUCACAACAGACAGCAGAACAAUUUGACCUGAAGGCAUUGCUGAGGUGGAGGCGACUUUCAGAUGAGUUGCAGAACUCAAAGGAAGAACUUCAGAUUCUCAGACCGAACAUGGAGAGGACCGGUCAGGUCAGUGACUCUGGCUCCUCCAUGGUUAAACACGCCCUUAACCCUGAAAAAACCUUUAUGCAAGUUCACUAUCUCAAGGGCUACUUCCUCCUCCGGUUCUUGGCCAGUGAAGUUGGGGACCAGCAGCUAAUUGACUUCUUCAGAGUAUUUGUAAAAAAAUACCAUGGACAGCUUGUUUUGUCUCAGGAUUUCCUGCAAAUGUUCCUGAUUACCUUCCCCCACAUGGAGAGAAAGGGACUAACCCUCAGUGCCAUUUACGCCAACUGGCUCGAUCGACCAGGAAUUCCAGAGUGGCUGCAUGAAAGAAGUGCUGCGUGGUCACAGGCGAGGCUGGUGGAAGAAGUCAAAGCAGAGGUUGUAAAAUGGAUUCUCUCCAGUCGGACUCACCAGGCGAAGGGCAGAAAGCGGAAGAGAACAGAACCCAAGGUGAACUACAAAGAGCUGACGGCGGACCAGCUGGUGAUGCUUUUGGAGCUUCUGCUGGAAGAAUCUGAGCUGAGUCUGCCAUCAAUGCUUGUUCUGCAAAAAACCUACAGUCUGCAGAAACAAGAUGCUGAGGUCCAACAUCGCUGGUGUGAGCUGGUGGUCAAACAUGCUUACUCUCAGGCAUACUGUGAUGUUGAGCACUUUCUGCUUCACGACCAGGCGAUGGGUGUGUAUCUUUACGGGGAGCUGAUGGUUCAGGAGGAUCCAGAGCAGCAGGCUUUGGCUCGUCGCUGUCUUGCAUUAGUCCAGGAGGAAAUGGACCAAUCAGCACGCAGAGUGGUGGAGGAGAUGAUCCUGUGACGCUGGAGGUUGCAGACUCUGGACAGAGACAACGAGAGUUUGGCCUGGAGGACGUAAGAGGAUGCAGCAUUUAACCCGUCUUUCUCUGGGUCUCUACAGAAACACCAGAAGGCUGCCUUUGUACUCUGCAGCCAACUGGAAAGCGGCAGCGCAUUUGACUACACAAGCUGUUCAUAGCAGGACAGCGUUGGUGGGCAAAAUAAAAUCCAUCAUUCUCCGAUUUCUUUUAUGUUAAUGGAGGAAAAAUAGGCAUUUCACAGAUAAGGACUCCGCCAUCUUCAACACUGUGAGCUUGAGUUGAUGCUGUUGCCGUAGGUGUGUUUAGGGAUGAGUUCACGUCUGUUUAGUCUAAAACCACUAUCUGGUUCUCUGGAUUUUCAACUGGAAAGUCUUUCAGGAAAGGUAAAUUUCACAAGCUUUAUUCUGACUUCACUUUCCUUUGCAAUACAACUGAAAACCAGACAGCUUAGGGUAUUUUUUCCUAUGUUGGUUUCAUCAAAUUUUUUUUUAUUGCAAAAUAAAAAUUUUCACAAAAUAAA